GAUUUGGGGUCGCGUGAUGCGCUUGAGUUGUGUUGGGAAGAAAGAGAUUUGGUUAAAACUUUAACGUUAUAUUCCUUUUGAACCACGUAUAUAUGUGGAAGGAGCUGCUGCGUAUGAGAAACUAAGAGUUGCACAUCGGUACGCAGGAGAAAGAAACAAAACAUGUAUCCAUCUACGAGGACAAAGGCGUUCGCAAAAAUGAAAGGUGAACAAAAUGAAUGUAAAAUAUUACCACGCGACCUAAAUAUAGUAUGGGGCUCUGAUGAGAAUCAGUGGGAGAUUAAGCACGGAGAAAAAGGAGAACAAGGAUAUGCAUUAGCAAAGAAAGUGAUGUGGUUUGAAGUAAAAGCGACAUACAGGGGAGCAAAAGCAGGGAGAAAAUAUAAGGUUGGGUUCAAUAUCAGCUUAGACCGUGAUGCGAAAGGAUGGGAGGGCAGUCCAGUGUUCAUGAUGACUACGGUUGGAUUCUCAGAUGACUACACUUGGAGGAAGCUGUCUCUCGAACACAAGGACAACCUUUCCAUGGAUGACGUGAUCGAAAUUCCAGUCUCAGCCAGAGACACCACCCUGCAGUUUGGUCUUUAUGAAAUCUGGAAUGGCAAAUGGAAGAAUGGCUUGCGCAUUCAUCAUGCUUUUGUUACCCAACUUUGAUCCACCUCCCUCCCAUCACAUCUUUCUCUGUGUGGCCCAUCUUUUCUUUUUCUCCGCUCUCUCACCACUACACUUAUGUAUUACAAUCUCAAUAAUCCACGCAAUCUCAUUUAAACUCCAGCAUUGGUUAUGUUCUUCUAUUACGCG